GCCAGACUAUCCUGUUAGCCAGCGUGAUGAAACACUCCUCAGGUGACCUGAGGCUACAGUCAACACAUUCUUCCUGCUCAGGAUCAACCAGCUGCUCUGAUACCUGCUCCCUCACUUCCAUAAGUCAAACCCUGGGGGCAGUGGGAGAGAAAGUAGCAAACAUGGUGGGAAAAAUAACACACCUGGAGGAGAAGUUGCAAAACACUGGGAAAGAAGUCCUGGAGCUGCGGAGCCUGAUUGAAGGUGCACCUCAAGUGGCCUUUUCAGCAGCUCUCAGGGAUUCUGGCUUUGGAAACACUGGGCCUAUCUCUGCUAAUACCCCACUGCAGUAUAAGAAGGUCUUCUCCAACACUGGCAGUGGCUACAAUCCUUCAACAGGCAUUUUCACAGCGAUGGUCAAAGGAAUGUACUUCUUUCGAUUCUCGAUGUUCAACAACAUCAAUCCUCAUGCCAACUCUGUUGUGAGCCUCAUGAAGAACGGUGUGAGGCUGACAUCUGUCUGGGACACAUCUGGGACUGACAGCAACGACAUGGGCAGCAAUGCUGCGGUCAUCCCCCUGGACGUGGGAGAUAACGUAUAUGUGGAGCUCCAGGCACACAGGAUCAUCUAUGAUGAUAGCAUGAAUUACAACACCUUCAGUGGUUUUCUGCUCUUCACCAUGUGAUUCAAACAACAUGAUUUCAGGUCUGCCUGGCUCCUAAUGCUCUUACGAUAAAAUAAAUACAUCUCAUAUUAUUCAUACUGCCAAAUGGGAAGAGGAUUUGUGGCACUAAAAAAAAUAUUCACACACAAGCCAAACUAAUUAUAUAAUGUUCGUGCAAUUAGUCAAACAAACUGUUUGAAAUAUUUUAUGAAUAUCUGGGUAUUAAUAGACAAUUGUGAAAAAAUGUGAUUUCAUGUAGAAAUGUUUCUUGUGAAGUUAUACAAAAAGUAACUAAGUGUGGUUAUGUGUACUGAGGGUAAAAAAUGCACAUA